CGCUCGUAGUCAUCCCUAACGCGCUCCUUGAUCUUCCGCGUCCGUUUCACUUUUUCGUGGGAUCUUUGUUUCUUCGUGGUUCAGCGAGGUGAAAAGAGAAAUAUUUUUUACAGAUCGAAUUAUUGCAGGAACGAUCCUAGGAAAUUUUCGUGGUAAUCCCUAAAGCCUUCUUCGAUCUUCCAUGACGUUGCAUUCUAUCGUGGAACUUAUAAUCCUUUAUGGUUUGACGAACUGGUCAGAAACAUAUUAGUAGAUUUAGUUACUAUAAAGAAACGCGUAUCAGUAAGUUAGAAAGAAAUUGUUAUGUAGAUUCGUGUGAACGCGAUAUUUUGAAAUACAACGGUUUGACGAAUAGGAAGAGAGAGAAAUAGGUAAAGAGGGUUGAUUUCCGAUUGCGGGAUUUUCGUGGCCGGAUUAUACGUGACCCAGGAUCAGUGAUCGGCGAAGAAGGAGAUUUGGAAGGCUUAAUUAAACAGUAGAAUGGAUGGGCCGGCGGUAUUAUCGAUGCCACCGAUAACCGCGCCCCAAAAAUCAGCACAAUCGCCGCAGCCACAGUCGCAUUCGAAAUCCAAUCAGGAGUUGCAGGUGGGCACUGUAUCUCUCUAUGGCAUUCACAUCGUAUCCCUGGUGAUCGAGGGUCAAGAAAGGCUAUGUUUGGCUCAGAUAAGCAACACGUUGCUGAAGCAGUUCAGUUACAACGAGAUCCACAAUCGCAGGGUAGCUUUGGGCAUCACCUGCGUGCAAUGCACUCCCGUCCAGUUAGAAAUCCUCCGUCGAGCCGGCGCUAUGCCCGUUUCCUCCAGAAGAUGCGGCAUGAUUACGCGAAGGGAAGCCGAGCGUCUCUGCAAAUCGUUCCUCGGCGACAAUGCGCCGCCUAGAUUACCAGAAGACUUCGCUUUCUCGGUACACCACGAAUGCGCCUGGGGCUGUCGUGGCGCGUUUCUACCAGCUCGCUAUAACAGUUCGCGUGCGAAAUGCAUCAAGUGCGCCUACUGUGGCCUCUUCUUCUCCCCCAACAAGUUCAUCUUCCAUUCACACCGAAUCGGCCCAUCAGACAAAUAUGUGCAACCGGACGCGGCGAACUUCAAUUCCUGGCGUCGUCACAUGAAACUUUCCGGAAAUCCGCCGGACGAGGUGGUGCACGCGUGGGAGGACGUGAAAGCAAUGUUCAACGGCGGCACUAGAAAGCGAUUGCUUAAUAAUCCAACGUCAAGGGAGUCGCCAAGUCCUGCAAAGCAGCCGAGAUCAUCGCCUACGGCGCAAAUUCCGACCCUCGUGCCGUCGCCCACGCAUCCACGUGUCCCUCCAUUUCCGGAAUUACCUCUGCCAUUGUCUCGAAGCUUGGUGAUGGACUAUGUGUGGCAUCAACAUCAACAGGCUGCCGCUGUUGCUGCCGCUAAGACACCCGGUUUUCCAUUUUCACCCUACGCUCUCCCGUGGCUUGCUAAGAGAGGACCAGUGCUCUUUCCUGGUCCUCUACCACCGCCAAUAAGCGGUUCCAAUCCAACAGAACCGCUUAUACCAACGGUGAAUCCAUCAUUGCAUCAGUCUGCCUUUCGUCCUGUGAUUCGUGGACCACCGAUAGUUGAAUCGGUGACUCAAGAACAACCAUCGGAUACCUCGGUAUCUCAAAAAGAAGAUAAUUCUGACGACGAGGUGGAUAUAGAGACAACAGAAGACGAUCCAGUGACACCUUUAAACAUUACUGCACAGAAUCUUCAUUCCGUUUCAAAUUCAGCUACCAGUAGUCAUAGUGGUCGUAAUUCGCCACAGUGUUGGAGUCCUCCUCGAGAAACGGAACGAGAAGCUGAAAAGAUAGCAGAGGAGACAGCAGCUAUGCGUGACGUUAAACCAGAACUUCAACCUGCAAGAAGUCCCGACACCUGGCAAGGGAAUAGCUUUUACCGGCAUCUCAAUGUAAUAAAAGGAAGUGAACCGAACGAGAGAACGAGUGCGGAUUGUUCCGCUUGCCAUCCACGAGGAAUAUUUUACGGCCAGAUUCAUAGCCCGUCUGCGCCCACUAAUUAAUCGACACGAGAUGCAGUAGCAGCUGAAAGAGGAUGAAGAAAAGUAGUGUGAGGGAUGGAAGUUAAAGAGAGAGAGGGAGAGAGAGAGAAAGAGAAAGGAUGGAAAGAAAAAGAAGAAGAGAAGAGAGGACGGACGACUAGAAGAGGGAAAGAGAGGGAAUGAGGUAGAGAGUAAUUCAAAAAGACACUGUAAAUUAGGGGUCUCCGUUGGCAUUCAGCUUCGGAUCCGGUGAAUUCUAAUUAGUUUAAAGCGCGUUGAUCUGAUGGCUCUCUUCUGCCUUUUUGUCUUUUUGUAAGUGUACAAUGAGAAAAUUAGGAAUUUAUAAAUUUUAAGU